AUUGUCAACUGUAAGCCGUUUGUGUUGUAAAUAUACGUAAUACAUUAGAUAUUAUUGUAAUUUAAUCAAUUUAAUGUAAAAUUUAGUAAAGAAAAGUUAAGUGUUAGUAAUGAAAUAAGGUGCUUUAUUUGUGACGUAAAAUAUUUUAGUUGUAUUCGAUAUUGUAAGUAGCACCAAUACAUGGCACGCGAUGUCCACCAGCAAUGGGACGAUGAUGAUGAUGAAAGGUACUCAGAGGAGGAUGCCGACGACACUCCCAUAUUGUCAUACAGAUACGACAAGCAAAAGAGAUGCACAUAUACGCGCGAUGGGAGGCCAGAGCGAGAGAGGAGAUGGGCGGUGACGCUGGUGGCCAAGUGCUCUCUGUUCAGCACCGCGAUGAUACUGUUCUGCGUGCUCAUGUACAUACCUGUUUAUAAUAGAGCCAAUGAACAGUUGCCUAAAGUUGCCGUAGCGGGGUGGUCGAUACACACAAACAGAGAUACGAGGAUAUACGUUCAGCCGGAGAACGUCACGGCUAUACACGAGCCGAAGGACGUGUGCUCGAGAAGCGAUAGAAGUAAAAAGAACAAGCUGUUCCUCCUCAUCGUGGUCUGCUCCGCGACCGACAACUUCGAGCAGCGAACGGCGAUUCGCGAGACGUGGGGGAGCUACGACCACUACCUCCGCAGCGGGAAAAUCUUCAACGUUACCCGCGACAAAUACAAACACUACAACUACUCAUACGAUCUGUACGAUGAAUCUCAUAGGAAUUUAAGCGUAGCUAGGUAUAGAAGAGACAUAUCGGGCAUAGGCGGGCUGCUGCCGGAGCUGGCGCGGGCGCUCUCGAACAAUUUAGAUAAGGACGAGCAGCCCGAGCAGCGGUUCGACGAGAAAGACGACAAGGACGACAUGCUGUCCGAGUUCGACAUGAACAAGGAAUUGGGCGACGAAGCCGAAGAAGCCGCCACCGACUUCGACUACGACUACGAGUCUAACAUCAUGAAAAUCCCACCCAAGGGCUACGAAGACAACCCGAAUUUGGACAGCGUGUUGAACCUACUGAGAAACGCCAAGGAUUUCCCCAAAAAAGAACUUCUAGAGGAGGAGGCGAUCAGCGACGAUAAUGUAGACUUCAAACUGGUGUUCCUUCUCGGGCAGCCGACCCAGGACAACGAUACGGACGUCCAGGGCAAAAUUGAGGAGGAGGUGGAGAAGUACGGGGACGUCAUACAGGAGGGCUUCCUGGACUCCUACAAUAACUUGACGCUGAAGUCCAUCAUGAUGCUGAAGUGGGUCACCAACAACUGCGAUCACAGCGUUCGAUACAUAUUGAAGACGGAUGACGACAUGUACAUCAACAUUCCCCAACUGGUGGUGAACCUGCGCAACCGGUCCAGGGUACACGACGAGACCAAGCCGGGCAAAAAGGAGUACCUGCUCAUCGGGGACCUCAUAUGCGGCGCUAAGCCCGUGCAGGACGCGAACAAUAAGUGGUACAGUCCCCGCUACAUGUACAACGGGCGCGUGUACCCGCACUACCUGUCCGGCACCGGCUACGUCAUGUCCGCGGACACCGCGCACGCGCUCUACGACGCCGCGCUGAGAACACAUUACUUCCACUUGGAGGAUAUCUAUAUCACUGGUUUGUGCGCGGGUCGGGCGUCACCGCGCAUCACGCCGCGCGACGAGCCCGCGUUCUCGUACUCGGUGUCGAGCGACGAGUGCGCCCCGCACGCGCACAUCUCCACGCACCGCGUCGCGCCGCCGCGCAUGCGCGAGAUACAGCGCAGACUGCUCACAGACAAGUUCGUCGAUAGAUGUGAAAGGAUACGAUUAACUCAGAUAAAACAGGGUCAGAGUCGAAUGUUCAUAGUAUACAAGUACCUGCGUUUGCUCAUUUCAAACCAAUGCUAAGGACACGAGGUAACUGCACGAGUAGAAGCAGCUACCACAGAUCAUGGGAUAUAGAAUUUUAUUUUAUUGUACAAUCAAACAAGUUUAAGCUCGAUCAGGUGUUUCAAAAAAUUGCUUGGCAUACAUGUUCACGCUUGAAAACUUUGAGCCUAAAUGGUCGAACGAAUGGUAAACUGGUCGAACAGAAACGUUGCUGAUUAUACAAAUAACCUCGUGUAAAUAUUUCAAAUAUUAUUUUUGUAGUAUAGCCCCAGUUCAGACACAGCGGGAACCGCACAGCUGAGCCCUGUGCGGUUCAAUACAAAUGCUUAAAAAAAUCUGUGUAAUAAGCACGAGAAUCUCGAAAUUCAACAGGUGAUUUAAGCAAGGGAGCCGCGCUAUUUUAGCACGGAAACCGGUGAUUUAA